AUGUAUAGUGAUAGACAGCGAUCUAGAAAGGCCUGCAUAUCUUGUCGAGAACGCAAACGCAAAUGCGAUGGUGGCCUUCCUUGCACGUACUGCCUUCGCAACGAACAUGAAUGCGCCUACGAGCACACUCGACGCAAGAAGAAGAUGCAGCGCUAUCUAGACAGAAAGCCCCAGCUUCAGACAUCUCCUACAGAUGGUGAGGGCACUUCUCCAAAACCAGGGAUGGCCGUUGAGCCUAAGAACCAGUCUCAGCUGCGACUGCUUGAAGCCAAUUCGCCCGCGGUUUUUGUACGACGAUUGGGACUGAAGAUGAAUCCUGCCGUGGCUCCUCGUCUGAACUGCUAUGCUUGGAAUCUAGGAUCUCAUAAAGAGAUUGCCUGUCUGCCUCCGGCCUCGUGUAUCACGGAGAUACUGACGCUGACGGAGAUGCACGAAUUGGCUUCAAUCUAUUUUGCCGAGGUGGGCCCUGUCUACAAUUUUGUGGAUAGAGAGGAAGUGGACAAUGCUAUCGUUAAACGCUGGCUACAUCAACUUCCAUAUGAUCCCAUUGACUCGUUGCUGUGUGGUGUGGCAGCUCUGGGGUGUGUCUUUGGCCGGAUGUCGUCGGCACUGGAAACUCAACUUGUCCAUCGUGCUCGCAUCGCCCUGGAGCAUUCGAGUCAAUUGGCAUCUCCCGAAGUAGACCAGGUUGUUGGCUGGCUGCUGCGAGUGAUAUACUUACGUCUGACAAGUUCUCCCCAUGCCACUUGGAUGGCGAGCUGUACCCUCAUGCACAUGAUUGAAACAACCAAACUCCAUUUCGAGCCUGCCAGCGACUCGAUCCUGGCACAGUCUACGGAACCAGGGUGCUUACCAGAGCGUCGACGAAGGAUCUACUGUAUCGCCCAACUAUUCAACACAUGGGUGUCCCUGGAUUGCGGUAAGUCGCAGGUAGAUCUUCGUGGUGCUUCAUCGCAGCUACCAGAGACGAGCUGGACAACGGAUCAGCGAGAGCUGUGUCGUCUCUCUGAUUUUCUAACCCCCAAGACUGAUCGUGACUAUGACGAACUGGAAACAGAGUUGUUCAACCUCUGCACAUUGGAGCCGGCCCAUCCAAUGAUGCAGCUGCUGCAAUGCAAUAUCGGAUUAUGUUUAUAUCGGCGCGUACGGGCUCUGGGUCGCACCAUGUCCGAUGACGCUCUCGACACUCUCAUGGACCUAGCCGAUAAAGCUCUCAAGGCUGUAGACGGACUGGUCAGGAUCUCAUCCCCUUGGUGGCAUAUUGUCAACAUCCCAUUCCAGCUCGUGUGCAUUUUCCUCGUCACCGACCAUACGCAGUCCCUGACCCGGCUAUCAGAAGCACUACAAACACUGAAGUUAGUUGCAGAUAGAUAUGACACUUCAAUCGCGAGGGAGUCCUAUGACAUCGCACAGUUACUAGUCCGCCAACAAAGACAGAGACGAUAUGAUGAACUGAGAUCUCUUGACCACGCGCUGCAUGGACACGAGGAAACGUCUAAUGCAAGCACAUACGGACAAAAGGGAGAUGAUGAUAGUGAAGGGGCAUUUUCUGCCGCCGAUGGUAUCUUUGGCAGCUAUCCAGUCUUGAAUGGAUCUUUGUUUGAUCAGUUUCUACUCAACAAUUUAUUCAAUGAUACUGCGAUUUGAGUGACCCAUCAUAUUACUUCAUCACCAGCAUAAACGAUCGGAUUUUUCAAAAGGCCACCUUGCAAUAUGAAGCAGUUUGUGACCAAGAAAUAAAGUCGAAUGGUCGUUCCCGAGUCCGUUUACUCCCCGAUAUAUUGGAUGAGCAUUUGGCUCGCUUGGGAGGGGGUUCGGCAGCUAUGAUCACGCCAUGUGCAAUAUUUACGCCAUCUAGAACUUCUAGAGUGAGGCGACAGAAUGACAAUACUAGAGAGGUGUAGAUAGAGUCUCCAACUUGGAUUCCCAAUCUCUGACCUCGACCUCCCUGCUGGAGUGACGGACAGCAGCAUGUUGAG